AUGGAGAAUGCUGACGAAAACGCCGGCGAUGAUUACACACAGGACGGGACUGUGAGCCUCGCCGGCCGGCCGGUCCUGAGGUCGGCCACCGGAGGAUGGAGGGCUUGCUCUUUCAUUGUUGGGUAUGAAGUGUUUGAGAGGAUGGCUUACUACGGCAUAGCGACGAAUCUGGUGGUCUAUUUAUCGAAAGAGCUUCAAGAAGGCACUGUUCAGUCAGCUAACAACGUGACCAAUUGGGCUGGCACGGUCUGGAUUCUGCCCAUCUUGGGUGCUUACGUCGCCGAUGCUCACUUAGGCCGUUUCUGGACCUUCGCCAUCGCCUCUGCCGUCUACUUCUCGGGUAUGAUACUGCUAACCCUCGCGGUUUCGGUGCCAGGCCUCAAGCCACCAACGUGCCCCAAUGGAGCAGCAGAAUGUGACAAGGAAGUCACGCCUCUACAAAAAGGCAUAUUCUACUGUGCACUAUACAUCGUAGCAGUGGGAACAGGAGGGACCAAGCCCAACAUAUCCACCAUGGGAGCAGACCAGUUCGACGAGUUCGAGUCCAAGGAGAGAACUCACAAGCUGUCCUUCUUCAACUGGUGGAUGUUCAGCAUUUUCUUUGGCACCUUGUUCUCCAACACGUUCCUAGUUUACCUUCAGGACCAUGUCGGGUGGAGCUUGGGUUAUGGCGUUCCCACUGCUGGACUCGGGAUUUCCAUCCUCGUGUUCUUCCUAGGAACACCCCUGUACAGACACAAGCUCCCCGUAGGGAGUCCUUUCACUAAAAUGGCGCAAGUGCUUGUUGCUGCUGCCAGGAAAUGGAAUGUUGCUCUACCUCAUGAUCCCAUGGAGCUCCAUGAACUUGGCUUGGAGGAAUACGAGAAGCUUGGGAAGUUCUGCAUUGAUCACACCCAUUCACUGAGAUUUUUGGACAAAGCUGCAGUAAGAACGACCGGAUCAACCUCACCAUGGCACCUAACUCCAGUGACCCAAGUAGAAGAGACAAAACAGAUGAUGAAGAUGCUUCCAAUCCUAGCAACCACAAUCAUCCCAAGCGCCCUCGUGGCCCAAAUUGGGACUCUGUUCAUCAAACAGGGGACAACACUAAACCGGAGCAUGGGGCCUCACUUCGAGAUCCCACCAGCCUGUCUAGCAGCAUUCGUCACCAUCUUCAUGCUCCUCAGCAUCAUAGUCUAUGACCGCGCAUUCAUGCCAUACAUCAAACGUCUUACGGGAAACCCGCGAGGGAUCACACUUCUACAGAGGAUGGGGAUCGGGUUCCUCCUCCAAAUCAUCGUCAUGGUCGCGGCUUGCCUGGCCGAGAGAAAGAGGCUCGAAGUUGCCGCCCAACACAAUCGGUUGGGGAGACUAGACAUAGUCCCGCUCACCAUCUUCAUUUUAUUGCCCCAAUUUGCCCUAAUGGGGGUGGCAGACUGCUUCAUGGAGGUGGCAAAACUGGAGUUCUUCUAUGACCAGGCGCCCCAGGGGAUGAAAUCACUGGGGACUUCUUACUUCACUAGCAGCAUUGGGUUAGGCCAGUUCCUUAGCAGCUUCUUGGUGAGGACUGUGUCUGAAGUGACAGAGAGGAGGAAUGGGAAGGGUAGAGGUUGGAUCUUGAAUAACCUGAAUGUGUCCCACUUGGAUUACUAUUAUGGGUUGUUGGUGGUGCUGGCACUCGUGAACUUCGUGGUGUAUCUGUUAGUGGCUAAGUUGUUUGUGUAUAAUGUUGAGGGUUUGGAUCCCAAAAGGCAAGUUAUGGUGCAACAUCACGAUGGUGGUGAUGAUGAUGAUGGAAUUGUUGGUAUUCCCAAGCAAUAG